AUGAUUGCCGAACAUAUCAUCCUAUCUGGGCUGCUUCUCUCACUCCUAUCCCCUACAAACGCUGAUACAACUACAACUAUCAGCCCAACACCUGAUUGGGGAAUAUGGGAGGGGUGGGGAACAUCUCUAGCGUGGUGGGCGAAGGCCUUUGGCCAACGGAAUGACCUCGCAGAUAUUCUUUUCACCCGGAAUUCGAUUUCCUUCGAUGGUACCUCUGUUCCAGGCCUAGGACUCAAUAUCGUACGAUAUAAUGCAGGCGCCAGUAGUUGGAAUAGCUUCCAAGGCUCUAGUAUGGUGCAGUCCCCUUCGAUCAGCACAAGUCGACAGAUCGAGGGAUUCUGGUUAGAUUGGGCUUCGACCGACACUACAUCGGGUUCCUGGAACUGGACUAUUGAUUUAAAUCAGCGUGCGAUGAUGGGGAAAGCCCAGGCGAGAGGCGUCACUCAUUUUGAGCUAUUCUCAAAUUCCCCGAUGUGGUGGAUGUGUGCCAACCACAAUCCAUCUGGGGCAAACGAUGGAAGUGACAACCUUCAAAAUUGGAAUUAUGAUAGUCACGCUAUAUAUCUCGCCAAUAUCGCCCAGAGGGCUAAAGACUCAUGGGGAAUCAUUUUCUCUUCGGUCGAGCCAGUGAACGAACCGAUUUCGAACUGGUGGAAGGGCCAGACUGGAACUCAGGAAGGAUGUCAUUUCGAUAUUGCUAGUCAAUCAGCAGUUAUUACUCAGCUACGAAGUGAGCUGGACAAACGUGGUCUCUCUGGAACUAUCGUGUCUUCAUCUGAUGAAAACACGUAUGAUGAAGCACUAAGUACCUGGAACUCGUUCAGCGGUAGCGUACAAUCGACUAUCGGACGCGUUAAUGUGCACGGCUACCAGUAUGGCGACGGAGCACGGGACCAUCUCUAUACCGCUAUAAACAAUGCAGGAAAGCGUAUCUGGAACAGUGAAUACGGGGAGAGCGAUGCUACUGGGCAACGCUUAGCAAGUAAUCUCAUCUUGGACUUUCGAUGGUUACACGCGACAGCAUGGGUCUACUGGCAGGCUUUGGAUGGUGGUGGAUGGGGUUUAAUUGACGCAGAUGUCCAAGGGGGAACUGUUGGAGCAGUAUCUCAAAAGUACUUCGUCUUGGCGCAAUUUACAAGGCAUAUUCGCGCGGGAAUGCAGAUCCUAGAUGGCGGAAGUGAUAACGUCGUUGCAGCCUAUGACACAGGCAAUCAGAAGUUGAUUAUCGUUGCAGUCAAUUGGGGGUCUGCUCAGUACCUUAAUUUCGACCUCUCGCAAUUUAGCCAACCGGGUAUCGAUGGUGCCUUAAUCCAGAGAUGGAGCACGCAGAUCGGAAGUGGAGACCGGUAUAGGAAUUAUGUUGAUACUCAUAUUAGUGGAAAAAUGUUCUGGUCAUAUUUCAAUAAGAAUACAGUAAUGACUUUUGAGGUUGCUAACGUCAAACUUUGA